GCGGCCCGGGGAGCGCGGCCCGAGCGCCGGCCUGGGGAGAGCCCGCCCCGCACCGUGAUGUGGCCGCAGGAGGGGCUUGCUGGGCUCCAGCUCCUGUCUCUCUCCGGAGGGGUUUAGAACGGCCACUCUUACACUUGUCAUGGAAUUAAAGAAAACUACCUCCAAGCCGUACAAUGCUGCUCUCCUGCUGCCACUUUUCCUCUUGUUUUGGGGAACCUCAUACUCUGAAAAUGACAGUGGCUGUUCCUCGUCCCCAUGUGAGAAUGGGGGGAGCUGUAAGGAUUUGGAAGCGGGUUACCAGUGCACCUGCCCUGUGGAGCCUGUAGCCUACAUGGGCAUAAAUUGUGAACUCCUCUACGAUGCUUGCAUUGAACAUUCCUGUCCUGCCCACAUGACCUGCAGAAGGACUUCAGGACUGCUGGAAUAUGAAUGCGUGUGUCCAGCUGGCUCUGCAGGGGCUGCCUGUGCCAGCGUUGAUGAGUGUGAGAGCAGCCCUUGCACAGACCCUCGGUUUGAAUGUGUAGAUAGCCCGGCCGGAUACACCUGCAGAUGCCAGCUGGGCCCCGGUGGAGAAGGCUGCCAGGCAGAAAGCUCCAUGUGCUCCGGCCAGCCCUGCCUGAACAACGGCACGUGUGUGGAGGCUCCGGGCGGGUUCCGCUGCCUCUGCCGGCCCGGCUUCAGCGGGGCCACGUGCGAGGACGACAUCGACGAGUGCGCGUCGGGGCCGUGCAGGAACGGGGCCAUCUGCAGGGACAGGGCGGGCGAGUACAGCUGCUUCUGUGUGCCCGGCUUCCAGGGCUCCAACUGCGAGAUCGACAUCGACGAGUGCGCGUCGCGGCCCUGCCGCAACCACGGCACCUGCCUCAACCACAUGGACCGCUACGAGUGCCGCUGCGCGCCCGGCUACGCAGGUGUGAACUGUGAUACUGAAAUAGAUGAAUGUGCUUCAGACCCUUGCCAGAAUGGGGCCUUGUGCAAUGAUCAUGUUGGGUUCUACACCUGCACCUGUGCACCAGGUUAUCAAGGAGCCCAAUGUGAGGUGGACAUCAAUGAAUGUGAGAGCCAGCCAUGCCAGAGUAAUGGGACAUGUCAUGACCUCGUUAACAGCUACCGUUGUGACUGCAGUGACACCGGCUUCGAGGGGGCCCACUGCGAGCUGGACAUCCUGGAGUGUGCCUCUGACCCCUGCCACAACAAUGCGACGUGCCUGGAGGGAAUCAAGGGCUACAGCUGUGCCUGCUGGCCAGGUUACACCGGGCAGGACUGCGAGGAGGACGUGGAUGAGUGUGUGGCAGAGCCCUGUCACAACGGUGGCCUGUGCCUGGAGCGCUCCAACCCCGCCCAUUACGGGACACAGCCCCACUUCCCCAGCAACUUCAGCUACAGCCAAGCAGCUGGGUUCCUGUGCCAGUGCCAGCCAGGCUUCACAGGGGAGACCUGCUUUACCAACAUCGACGAGUGCGAGUCCCAGCCCUGCCAGAACGGGGGGCUCUGCCAGGACCUGGUGAAUGGCUUCCUCUGUCAGUGCCUACCUGGUUAUUCAGGUGUGGAAUGUGCUGUUAACAUCAAUGAGUGUGAGGAGGGGCCCUGCAAGAAUGGAGCUGUCUGUGAGGAUGGCAUUGCUGACUAUUCCUGCCAUUGUGCCCCUGGCCAGGAUGGCAUCACGUGGGGAGGGAAGAACUGCUCUGUCCAGCUCACCGGGUGCCAGACGCACGACUGCCAAAACGAGGCCUUGUGCAUCCCAACCUACCAAGCUGAGAGCCACGGCCACCUGUGCCAGUGCCAGCCUGGUUUCUAUGAUGCCACCUGCUCGACUCCAACAACGUUUUCCUUUGCUUCCAGAGGGUAUCUCCUCAUUGAGCUGGAGAACAGUGAGAGCAGGAGGGGUGCAGGAGCAGCCAGCGUCUCCCUCCGCUUCCGAACCACUUUGCCCAGUGCUGUCCUUUUUUACCGAGGCCGUGAAGCCGAGUACUUGUUCCUGGAGCUCCUGGAUGGCAUCCUGCGUGCAGAGCUGAGGAGGGAGGAUGUUGGGUACCCGCUGCUCCUCAAGGGGCUGAGAGUGGACGAUGGACAGUGGCAUAAAGUGGAAGUUGUUGUGCACAGCACGGUGCAGCUGAAGCUCUGGCAUGGCUCUUGUGAGGCUGGGCUCUGCGUGCAGAGCUCUCCUGUCCCACCAGGUGCUGCUUUGAUCCCUCCAGCCUUCCUGAAUCUGUUUAUUGGAGGUGCUGAGGAUCCAAUGGCCAACAACACACGGAGCCAGCAAGGCUUUGUGGGCUGCCUGGAGGACUUGCAGGUGGAUGCUGAGGCCGUGCUGCCGGCAGAUCUGCCGCUGGGGGAGUCGUCCCCAGUGAAGCUGGGCUGUGACCGCACAGAGUGGUGCCUCUCCCAGCCCUGCUUCCAUGGAGGGCUCUGUGUGGACCUUUGGGCCACCUUCAGGUGUGACUGUGCCAGGCCCUAUGGAGGCCCAGCUUGCUCCUAUGAGCACCCAGCAGCAACAUUUGGCCUAGAGAAUUCCACCAGCUUUGCCUCUUUCAGCCUUUCUGACAGCCUCGGUGCAGACUUCAACCUCUCCUUUUUCCUGCGGAGCCGGAAGCCCGAUGGUUUGUUACUGCAGGUCUGCAAUGGGACAGGCCCCUGCCUCACCCUGUACCUGAGGGAUGGCCAGCUGAACAUAGAGACAUCACCUACGGACACUGUGACCUUUCCAGGGAAUCUGGUUGAUGGCAGAAGACACUUGGUAGCCCUGUCUUUCCAGGGAGGCUCUGUUGGUGCUCUGCAGUCAGACACAUUUGUGGAGCUGGGCCAGCUGCCAGCACAAGCCCUGGGAGCUGGCUCUGAGGUGUUUAUUGGGGGACACCCCAACCCUGACAGCGCUGAGCUGUGGGGGGGCUAUUUCAAGGGCUGUUUGCAGGACAUGCAACUCAACAGCCACCAGGUACAGUUUUUCCAGGUGGAGAAUGACAGUUUGCCAGAGGAACUCAAUAGGACUCAAACUGGAAAUCUUGUGAAUGGCUGCAUCUCUGAUGACACCUGCAAGUCUGAGCCAUGUCAGAAUGGUGGCAGAUGCAUUGUCACUUGGAAUGAUUUCCAUUGCAGCUGUCCAGCAAAUUUCACUGGGAAAUUUUGUGAAGAGAAAGUCUGGUGUGAAAGUGACCCAUGUCCUGAAGCCACCACCUGCAUAGAUGUUGUGGCAGGAUAUGUGUGUCUGGCUAAUGCAACAUUUAAUGGUCAUGCUGCCAUAGAAUUUACCGCCAACACAUCUGUGACCAGAACUCUGAGCAGCCUCCAUGUGGACUUCAGAACCAGAGAUGAAGAUGCCGUUUUGCUUCAGGCUGUGGAAGAGGUGGAUUCCCUCCAGGUAGCCAUUAAGAAUUCCUCCCUGCUUGUUGACAUCAGGAGUGGGAACAGCAUCGAGGGUGUCAGCUUCCUGAGCCCGCAGCCCGUGGCGGAUGGGGCCUGGCACAGUGUCUCCGUGUCCAUGGAGGAGCCGGCCGCGCUCUCUUCCCGGUGGCUGCUCCGCUUGGACGGCUCAGCGAACGCGACUCUGCAGGGAAGCGCCGGCAACUUGGACUUCCUCAAGAAAGACGCGUUGGUCGUUUUGGCCGAGAAUUUCACCGGCUGCCUGGGCCGGGUGCAGAUUGGGGGGAUCUUCCUGCCCCUCCCGGCCCACCGGCCGUACCCUCAGCCCGAGCAGUUCCAGCGGGCCAGCCCGGGCAGCGUCCGGCUGGGCUGCUCCGGGGCUGACGUGUGCGCCUCCGGCCCGUGCCUCAACGCCGGCACCUGCGAGGAUCUGUUCAACUCCUUCCGCUGCGGCUGCAGCGCGGGCUGGGCGGGGCAGCGCUGUGAGGACAACAUCGACGACUGCCAGCCCAGCCCCUGUGUCCACGGGGACUGCGUGGAUGCCGUGGCAGACUUCCAGUGCGAGUGCUUCCGGGGCUUCAUCGGGAAGAGGUGCGACAUCAACGUGGACGACUGCGUGCGGCACCAGUGCCUGAAUGGAGCCACCUGUGUCGACGGCGUCUACGGAUACUCCUGCAAAUGCCCCCCUCAGUACUCCGGACCUCGCUGCGAGUGGCCGUUCCCCCCUCAGCAGUGUGGCAAGAACUUCACCUGCCUGAACGGUGGUCGGUGCAUCACGGAGAGCUGGGGAGCCAACUGCUCCUGCAGACCCGGCUUCACUGGGAGGAACUGUCAAAUCAACAUAAACGAGUGUGACCCGAACCCGUGCCAGAACGGGGGCACGUGCCAGGACUCUGAGAACAGAUACGAGUGCGUGUGCAGCGCCAGCUACACCGGCGAGCGCUGCGACAUCAACCAGCGAGUGUGGGCGCACCUCAGCCACUCCUCCGUGGUGGGAGCAGUCGGGGCUGCGGGGGCUGCCCUGCUCCUCGCCGUGCUCGUAGCCACGGCGAUUGCCAUGAAGAGGAGGAGAGCGACUCAGGGAACCUACAGCCCGAGCCGGCAGGAGAAGGACGGGGCCCGAGUGGAGAUGUGGAACGUGAUCAAGAUGCCCCCGACCGAGCGGCUGAUCUGAGGCCGGGUCAGGCGCUGCCCGGGGGGCACUGCCCGCUGGCCCUGCCCCUGCAGCUCAUCCACAAAGCGUUCCUACAAGCUGCCCGGGAGGAAAACCCCACUGUGGAGGACCAGGGGAGGAGGGGAGGGAGCAGUGGCCGUGGCACAGGGUGGACACGGACAGAAGAUGGGGCUGUGUCAUAGCCAGAGCCGGCUGGGCCCCUGCUCCUGCAGGCAACAGGAAAAACACCCUGAGGCAGGCCCGGCGAAUGGGAAUUAAACCACGGUAUUCAGAAAUAAUGUGGAUAAUAAGGUUUUUUCAAGAAGACACGUGCCUGUGGCUCCUCUGCAAGGCUAAGCCAGGUGAGUGAGUGGUGGGAAAUCCUUCCCAGAGCUGCUGCCGCCCUUCCAGCUGGGCCAGAGCCGGCAUGGCCUCACUGGGCUGUGCUGGACGUGGCUGCUGGAGCUUUCCCUGAGACUAGCCCAAACCACAGGAAUAUUUUAAGUGCCUUUCUGAUCCUGAGGUGCCAGUUCUAGUUUAACCUUUAUGAAAAGAGGAUGUUUCCAUGUUGUUUGAUCCAGCUCUGCCACUCCCCAAGCAGGGGCUUGGAGCUGACCCUUGUGAGAACCAGGGGCUGAGCAUCAGGUGGUACUUGCUGGGGUGAGGAGGGGAGAAUGGAGAGUUCUAGAAGUGACCUCUGGAUUGCCAGGUUUGGGCUUGUUGGUGCGGAAGAGUGGAAUUUAGUUAACUAAUCCUUUAACCCAAACCAGGGUUGGUGUAAGUGACACAGCAUCUGCUUUCCACUGCACUAAAAAGAGGUUUGAUUUUGUGGCUUCACUUCUGUGUUACUGUUUUAGCUGUGGAAUGUGCUGUUUCCUCUUUAGCAUAAUGUGGCAGAGGCUGUGGAAGGAAAUGCAGCACAGCAGGCCAGGUAAGGUCUAAAGCCAUUAGUGUUUCAGGAUAAUCACUACAAUUAUCAAUGAGGAAUAUUUUAGAACUCUGUCAGCUUUUUAAUCUCCAAAAUACUAUUAAAAAUCAGGGUGGGAACCUGCCUGCUGUAGCUCAUUGCCACAGGAAAAUGCUUUAUUCUGGUCUGCUUUUGGAUUUAUUUUUUUUCUACUGUAGCUGUAAAUGUUUCUGUAAUUCCAAGCAAAGGGAGGGGCAUGGAACUACUGCUCACAUGUGUCCAUUUAAGAACAGUGUGUGUAAGAACAGGUCUCUGCAGCAGGCAGCUGCUGACAGAAGAAUGAAAAUUUUAGAAAAUAGAAAAAGACAAAGGAGUGGGAGACAGUAUUUCAGAUCACUUUCCCUCUGGUAGUGGAGAAGAGUGGAAGGUGUGAUUGCAGCUGGCUGUGUGGGGGAGGCAGCUGGAGCUGGCAGUGCCAGAGAGGCCCUGGCUGCAGGUGGGAGCCCGUGGCUGCUUUCCUGUUCAGCAGCAGUGACUGCUGCCGCUGUUCUGGCACUGGUUUGCUGCUCUUGGGGAGCUCUGGCACACUUUGGGAACAGAGCCAGUGGCACUGCCCGGUGCCCUUGUGCCAGCAGGGCUUUCCUGUGGCUCUGCAGCAGAGCUGGGCCUGCCCCACGCUGGGGGCUCCUGACAGGAGCAGGGCUGAGCACAGGCCUGGGGGCCCCUGUGCUGCCAGGCAAAGCCCCUGUGGUUUCCUGAAGCCCAGGGGGUACAAAAACCUCCUGGGGGCUCGGGGGGCUCUGCCACCUCCACCCCGGCACCCCAGGGCAGGUCCUGCUGCUGCUUUUUUGCUCCACUCCUCAUUGGUGUUUACACUGAGGCUGCAGCAGGAUCUGGAAGAGCCCCUGUUCCUCCAGCCCUGGGGUGCUGAACACCAGGCCAUGUUCCCAGAGCUCCCCGAGCUCCUCCUGCACUUCCCUGGAAGGUCCAAAUCCCUGGAGCCCCCGGCAGGUCCGGCCGUGCCCCGGCAGCAGCUCCUUGGGGCUGCGUUCCAAGCACCCAAAGCCAGUAUUAGCAAAGGUGUUUAAAAACUCUGUCAGUGUCUUGAGCAUUUCUGCAAAAUAAUUUAUGGAAGGUGGUUGUUUUUGUUUUUUCAAUAAUGAACUGAACUUUCUUUUGAUAUUUAAUUUUUGAAUAUAUUUUUUCACAAAACUGGACUUGCUGUAGUUAAUGAUCAUGAUCCUGAUCCUGAUUUCUUUUUUAAUUGUAAAUUUUGUAAUUUGUAAAUAAUUAGAAUGUCCUUCAAAAGAAAUUUACAAUAAAAUUUGGUUAAAAACAGACCUGGUUGUUGACUUGUGCAUGUUUUUCCCCAAGAACACCUUGCUGUCUGGAUGGCUGAUCAUGGUCUGUGCCACAGCCCCUGCACAGCUGCAAACCUCGAAGGCUCUUCACAGUUAAAGGAUUCAUUUUGUGAUGAUUUGUCACAGCCCAGAGCCCUGAGCACAAGCCAGGGUGCAGAGCUUUGCCCAGCAGCAGGACAGAGCUAAGGAAACACCUCUGCCCUCUGUUCACCUCACAGAAUGUGGGAAAAAGGGACUCUGUGUCCAAUGACUGCACUGUCCAUGUGCAGUGAACUGAAGGCUCCACCCAGGGUGAACAAGAUACAGAAGUGGUUUCACCUCCUGUGCAGCAGCAGAUGCACCACAAACUUUGAAAAGGUUUUUCUUGUCUGUUUGUUUUUAAAAUAAACUUAUUUCUUAUGGCAGGAAGCAGCUGUAAAUAAGCAGAGUGGUAUCAAACAUAGGGCAGGUACAAGAACAGGGACAAAGUCAAGUAUAAAGUCACUGACGAGUAAGCCCAGGAACAGUUUUUAUACUGGAUUAAUAAAAACAUCCAAUGCCUUCUAGUGCCAAACCAGAGCUGGCAAGCAAACUGUUGACACCUGGCACUAUCAGGAGUGAAUCAUGUCAGGCAUUCCUGAGUUUAAAUAAGACAAAAAACAUCCCUAAAUGCUGUCCUAGGCAUAGUUCAAUUCCUACGUUACAAUAAACCCCUAGAAAAGUCUCCUGCUUGCAAACCCUCUCCAGAAGUGAGGGAAGUCACAAAUUCCUUGUCCUCCAGCAUCUCAGAGGUGCUAAAUAAAGUAGAGGGUGAAUAAAUGUGUGUUAAUACUCCUCAGUGCCCCAAAACUGACUUAGCAAAUGAUAUAUAACAUGGGCAAAGUAACCAGAGAUGGAAAUGAACUGCAGUGGGACAGAAUUUCCUGAGUGGUUUAAAGCACUGUGAUGGGCUGUCUGAUCACUGUGUGACAUUACUGAGUUUAAACAGGGCCUCUGGAGCCCAGCUUGGCACAGGCUGGAUUGUCCAGUGCCCGUUCACAUCCAGCUCAUAGCAAAGCAAUGCCAGACUGAAUUAUAUAUAACAUUCUUACUCUGAACUGUAUCAAAUAAAAUGGACCUGGUAUCUUAGACUUUAAAUAUUUUACUAUUCAAUACUAAACCCAUCUGUCUUUCAACACAAAAAGAAAAUACAAAUCCAAGUGAAUGGCUUGUCAGAGGAACAGCACUGUACAGAAACAGAAUAUUCCUGGAAUACUGUGGUCUUCCCAAAACCGGCAGCAUUUCAGAUAUUACUUUCCUUUUGUACCGCCCAGCCUCAAACACAGAGACAGCCAUUCCCAUUCCCCAGAGUAAGAAAACUUCCAAGAUAACAUGAAUAAAAUAGAUACAUUGGAAAUCAGAUAAAGCUUUACAAGAAUUUCCCCAUGUGUCCAAGAUGAUUUCCUUUAUCAAAGGCUCAAUGGUGAUGUGAUUCCCUCUGCGAGAGUGACAGGUUUUACACCAGAGUGUGCCCCAAUACAAAACAAACCAAAAAAGCACCACUGAAGUGAAACAGAAAUGAUCAGAGACAGCAGCUGUCCUGGGGGAUGCUGAGGCUUGUGUGAAAUGUCUGGAGAACACAGAGAGGGGGCUCAGAACACCCAGCUGAGCGUCCCCUGCGCUCCUCGCGGGCCAGACAGGGCCAGCCCGAGGCUCCAGCGAGGCCACAGAGCCCAGAUCCCCCUUCCUGGCCAUGCCCUGCCCUCAGCCCCUCAG